UGCAGCAGCAUUAGCAGCGCUAGCAGUGGCUGCUCCACACCAGGGAAUUCUGGGUCAGACUCAUGAAAGAGAAAAUGAAAGCUGAGCGUCGGGGCAGAAGAACAGGCCUGGAUGAUGCGGCUGAAUUGAAGGUUGAAAUCAUUGCUGCGAAUCAUUCCUGAAUACUUGGAAUUGAAUGAAAACCAGACAGAAACCCUUUUUUUAAACGUACUAUUCAAUUCUAGAUAAUGUUUCUCCUGAUACUAGCCCUGUUGCCGUACUCAAUUGUCAGUGCUAGCAGUGAUGACUCAGCACAUGUGGCCACAAACGGACUGCCGUUCCCAUGGAGCAAAGUCAGGCUCCCGACCUACAUCAUCCCCAUCCACUACCACCUCCUCAUCCACCCCAACCUGACCACCCUCAACUUCACCGGCUCGGUGAGGAUUGAGAUCGACGUCAAAAACAACACCAACUGGGUCGUGCUGCACAGCAAGAAGCUUCAAAUCACCACGGCGACAGUCCUGGACGAGAGCGAGGCCGUCCAAUCAGACAAGCAGCUCCCCGUCCUGGAGUAUCCGGCCCAUGAACAGAUCGCCAUCUUCUCUCCGAAGAUCCUGAGCAGUGGAGAGAAGUACUUCCUUCACCUGGAGUUUGCUGCUCCGUUAGCUGAUGGGUUCUACGGUUUCUACAGAAGUACCUACAAAACAAAAAGCGGUGAGACAAGGGUGCUGGCAUCGACACACUUUGAACCCACCUCAGCACGGAUGGCAUUCCCAUGCUUUGAUGAGCCCAGUUUUAAGGCGAACUACUCUGUCAGAAUAAGGAGGGGACAGAAACAUGUUGCACUGUCCAACAUGCCCAUUGAGCAAACCAUUGCUCUGGAUGAUGGUCUACUUGAGGACCACUUUGAAGCAAGUGUGCGGAUGAGCACCUACCUGGUGGCGUUUGUCGUGUGCGACUUCAAGUCUGUCACCGCAAGAACCACAUCUGGAAUAGACGUCUCUGUAUUCGCCGUUCCAGACAAAUGGCACCAAACUCCUUAUGCUCUGGAGGCUGCAGUGAAACUACUGGAGUUCUACGAGAAAUAUUUUAACAUCUACUACCCCCUCCCAAAACAGGAUUUGAUCGCCAUCCCAGAUUUCCAGUCCGGCGCCAUGGAAAACUGGGGUCUGACAACCUACAGGGAAACUUCCCUCCUGUUCGAUCCCGAAAUGUCGUCAGCAUCGGACAAGCUGUGGGUCACCAUGGUGAUCGGACAUGAGCUGGCUCAUCAGUGGUUUGGGAACCUUGUGACCAUGGAGUGGUGGAAUGACAUCUGGCUGAAUGAAGGAUUCGCCAGAUACAUGGAGUUUGUUUCCGUGGAUGCCACCUACCCUGAGCUCAGAGUGGAGGACUAUUUGCUUGGCACCUGCUUUGCUGCUAUUGGUAGAGAUUCACUGAACUCCUCCCGACCAAUCUCCAGUGCCGCUGAGAACCCCACUCAGAUUAAAGAGAUGUUUGACACCGUGUCCUAUGACAAGGGAGCCUGCAUUCUGCACAUGUUGAGACACUUCCUGACAGAAGAUGUCUUCCAGAGCGGCAUCAUCCGCUAUCUGAGGAGGUUCAGCUACAAGAACGCCAAAAAUGAAGACCUCUGGGACAGCAUAGCAAAUACGUGCAGCGAUGAUGACUUCACCUCUGGGGAGUUCUGCUACAGCAGUGGCCAAGCAGCCAAGAAUGCAUAUCGCUAUGCAGGAGAGCACCUGGACCUGAAGGAGAUGAUGAACACGUGGACCCUGCAGAAGGGCAUUCCGCUGGUCACUGUGGCCCGCCAGGGAUCAGUCCUGAGGAUAACACAGGAGCGCUUCCUGAAAACCUUGCUUCCCAGUGAUCCGUUAUGGCUUUCCAUGCAACAGGGAUACCUGUGGCAUGUUCCUUUGACAUACAUGACAAGCAACUCCAAGACUGUUGUGAGACAUCUGCUGGAAACACAAUCCGACACCCUUGAGAUACCAGGAGAUGUUAGCUGGGUGAAGUUUAAUGCCGACAUGAAUGGAUAUUACAUUGUGCACUAUGAGGGAGAUGGAUGGGACAGCUUAAUUAACCUCCUGAGGAGGAACCACACUGCACUGAGCUACAAGGACAGAGCCAACCUGGUUCACAACGCCUUUCAGCUCACCACGGCAGGAAGGCUUCCACUGAAUAAAGCCUUGGACUUGACUGACUACCUGAAGUCUGAGACGCACAAUGUUCCCCUCCUGCAAGGACUAGGCUACCUGGAGACCUUCUACAAGAUGGUGGAAAAGAGGAACAUUGUCGAUGUCACCCAAAACUUAAAGGCGUACAUUCUGCACUACUUCAAAUCAGUGAUUGACAUGCAGACCUGGAGUGAUGCAGGGUCCGUGUCUGACAGAAAGCUGCGCUCUGAGGUGCUGUCUGUGGCUUGUGACCUUGGCUAUCCCCCCUGUGUCCUAAAAGCAAUGGACCUGUUCAACAACUGGGUGAAGUCUAAUGGCACAAUGAGUCUACCUACCGAUGUAACUGAGACCAUUUAUUCCAUCGGUGCCCAAGAAGAUGGAGGCUGGACCUUCCUCCUGGAAAGAUAUCAACUUUCCUUCUCAGAGGCAGAGAAAGACAAAAUCAUGGGAGCAUUAACUACCAGCAAAGAUGCUGAUAAACUUUCAAGGCUGCUGGAUUUGGGCAUGAAAGGAGAGGUGAUUAGGACACAGGAUCUCUCCACGCUAAUCUACACAGUGGCCAGAAACCCCAAAGGUCACUUUAUGGCCUGGAACUUUGUUAAGAAAAACUGGAAUGCACUGGUUGAAAAAUUUCAGCUGGGAUCUUUCUGCAUUCGAUCUAUAAUAAUUGGCACAACCGCACAAUUUUCUUCUAAAGAGGAGCUUGGGGAGAUCAAGGAAUUUUUUGAGUCCAUACGAGACCAGUCAUCCCAGCUCCGGGUCACCCAGGUGGCUGUGGAGAACGUGCAGAAGAACAUCAUGUGGCUGGAGCGGAACCUGGAGCCAUUGCGGAUGUGGCUACAGAACAGUACUCCCCGAGGCACAGAUUAGAUUGCAGCACCAAUCUGCAGGCCAAUCACAAAAGACAAUGCUGAUGUCAGACUGUAGCCACAGUACAGCAGCCUGUGUCUAAUGUCACAUAACCAGUGACAACAGGUCCGCUUUUUG